UCAACUUCUCGUCCUAACCUCGCCAGUGGUACUUCGACUUCUCGUCCUAACCUCACUUCAACUUCUCGUCCUAACCUCGAAAUUGCAUCCUCCAUUACUACUGAUGGUCCUACAGUUCACAGUAGUCAGACUGAAGUAGUUGUGAUUGGAGUGUUAGGUGGUGUUCUGGUAGUUCUACUGUUGGUUGCAGUGAUAUGUGUGGCUGUG